AGCUAAGUACCAAGAGUCUUAGCGUGACCUCUACUGCAGUUGAAAACACAGACAGUGGAGCUGCGGGUAAAUCAUUUAACGAUCAGUGGAGAUGAUAAGUUAGUCUUGCACGGGGUUUUAAUUUGAUUUGCGAACAUAGUGCUCUCAAAAAACAGCAACGUAAAACAGGCUUAUGUGCUCCGUGCCGCUGGAUUUCUGACUAGGGGAACUCAAGAGUGUCAGCCGGCGUUGAGAUAUAUCACUGCAGUGUAGCAUCAGUAUGGGUGUGAUCAGUGUGCAGCUGGUGGUUACCAUGGUAAUGGCCAGCGUGAUUCAGAAGAUCAUACCCCACUAUUCCUUUGCACGAUGGCUCCUCUGCAGUGGCAGUCUGCAUUGGUACCAGCACCCUACAGAUGAUGAAUUGAGAACUCUGGCUGGAAAACAGCAGAAAGGUGGCAAGAACAAAAAAGACAGGAAGUACAAUGGGCACUUAGAGAACAAGCCGUUGACUAUCCCUAAAGACAUCGAACUUCAGCUGGAGACCAAGUGCAUUGCUGAAGUGGAUACUCUGGCGCUGCACUACUUCCCUGAGUUCCAGUGGUUGGUGGACUUCACGGUGGCAGCCACAGUGGUGUAUCUCAUCACUGAGCUGUACUUCUGUGUGGCUGAGCCCAGUGGGGAGAUGAACAUUAGUGUGGUGUGGAGCCUGCUGGUCUUGGCCUUUGUCAUGAAGAUCCUUUUCUCCCUCACGGCUCACUACUUCAGACUAGAGGAGGGUGGUGAGCGUUCCCUCUGCAUCACGUUUGCCUUCUUCUUCUUUGUUAAAGCCAUGGCUAUUCUUAUAGUCACUGAGAACUACCUGGAAUUUGGCCUUGAGACAGGUUUUGCAAAUUUUUCCGAAAGUGCUGUGCAGUUUCUGGAGAACCAGGGCCUUGAGUCCCAGGGCCCCAUAUCCAAACUGACCUUUAAGCUGAUCCUGGCACUGCUCUGCUCUCUCAUUGGAGCCUUUCUCACCUUCCCUGGUCUGCGAUUGGCCCAGAUGCAUAUUGAUGCCCUCACGCUCAACAACUGCAAAGUCACACAGACUUUGCUGCAUAUCAAUUUCCUGGCUCCCUUAAUAAUGGUACUGUUAUGGGUGAAGCCCAUAACCAAGGAUUACAUGACAAAUCCCACAUUUGGGAAAGAUGGUGUGCCUUUAAUGUCUGAGAAGACGUACGACACACUGCGUCUCUGGGUGAUCUUACUUCUGUGUGUGCUUAGACUAGCCAUGAUGCGGCACCAUCUCCAGGCCUACCUCAACCUGGCCCAGAAGGCCAUCCUGCAAAUGAAGAAGGAAGCAGGACGGAUUAGUACAGUUGACCUCCAAAAGAUGGUCGCCCGAGUCUUUUACUACCUGUGCGUGAUCGCGCUACAGUACGUUGCACCUCUGGUUCUGCUUUUACAUACUACCUUGCUGCUAAAGACAUUGGGUGGAUAUUCGUGGGUGAUUUACCCUGAAGAAAGUUUGCCCUGUCUACCAAAUGAAGACUUAAACCCCGCUCAGGUGGGGCAGGGAGAGAUGCAGGCCUCUCAAGCUGUGGCCCAGUUAUCGGUUGCUCUAGGGGGGCUGAGGACUGUGUUCACCCCCUUGCUUUUUAGAGGGAUCCUGUCGUUUUUCACUUGGUGGAUUGCCGCCUGCCUGUUCUCCACCUCUCUCUUUGGCCUCUUCUACCACCAGUAUCUGAUGGCAGCGUAGCAUUGGGAUGGUGUGGCACACCCAAGGGCCCAGGCUCCUCCUGCUGAACUGUGCAGCACAAGCCUCUGGAACAUUCCCCUUUUGUGUAACCAUAUCAUCAGAGUUCUUUUCUGAUGGGCUUCCUCCAUGGACUUUCACUUUUUUGAGGACAAAUUAGUUCAACCUGACAAACACAAACUGGACAAUAGGAAUAAUUAAGUGAUUUUAUGGUGGGUGGUUGCCUUGAACAAGUUUGAAAGGUUUCUGAGAGAGCUCUGGAUGUUGACUCUUGAUCUUGGCUAUAACGUAUUUUAUUUUUUAGAGUUUAAAAUUGUUGACUUUCAGAAAGGAAGGGAUUUAAUAGGUUUUUAUUACGUUGUUUUAACUUGUGCAAAGUAAAAACUUGGCUCUGAUGUAGGGGGUAUCUCACUGCUGAUAUGUGAAUAGGAAACAGUAUUUCAAUCAAGCAUUAGUGUAAGGGAAAUGAAUGGAGAGGUGUUUUAAAGAUGUAUUUAUUUGUCCAUUUAAGACAGACUGAAGCCAGCCUUCUCACUAGGAGUAUUUAGUUUGACUGUAAAAGACUGAGAGCUAAUUUAAGUGUGUGCGCGUGCGUGUAUGAGUGAGUGAUGGUUCGUUCAUUGUCAGCAUCAGUGCCUGCAGGCUCCAAGUGACCCCUGCUGCUUGUGUGUAUAAAUCUAAAAGGGCAUUUUGAUCAAGCAUAAAAGCUCACUCAAAAAAAUGUCUGAAGCAGUAGCCUAUGCUCUUCUGAUACUCUUCCCUGUCAUUUAACCAGGUCAAAUAUUUCACUUUGAAUUUUGGGUCCAUCAGACAGAUCCUGUAAGCACCCUCCAUGUUUCUGUGUGGAGUGUAUUGAUUUUCACAAUAGAUUGAGGAAUAGGAUUGUUUCAUGUGAAGGUGCCAAUGAAGCUUGUAUUCCCUGAUGAAUACAUGUAAUACUUCCCGCUGUAAAUCAGAGGCGCAAAGGCACCGAGUAUACAAGCCAAAGCAGAACAAGGGGCUUGAUCAAAAAAGGAAAGAUUUGUGUGUUUUAAUAAGGUCCAGUUUAAUAUCGUCAUAUUUUGGCACUGUAGUUACAAACAGCAGAGUCAUAUUUGAAGGUUUCUUUUUUUUUUUUUGCUGUUGCGUUUAUUUGUUAGUCUUUAUCGAGUCCUGCUGUAAAAGUCUUAUUCUCGCUGUUCAUAUUCUGAAAUUUUAGAGGAUGUGCAGACAAUGAAUGUAUUGAUCCUGCCUGAUUUGCAAGUCACAUUUACUACACUUGGGGCCACAAAAAAGCCUAAUAUGACAUAACCUUUGCUUUCGAAAGAUAACCAUUACACUACAGUAUAUAUAUUUUUGGGUAAUGUGGACAUUUAUAUUGUCAUUUAUAACUGCACAUCUUGCAAUCAGUUCUUGUUAAUAUUACUUGGCAGUACGAUUUCAGUUUUCCAGCUUCUCACUUUGAUUCUCAGUCUAUGAUACCUGAUUGAUAGCUGUAAACAUUUACAACCUUUAAUAAUUGUCACCUUGGGCAUUUCAGUUUUACAUAUGGUUUUCUCUUUUGCCUUAUUUUGAUUUUUUCCCUCUUAUUAAAAAUCUAAACUAGUGACCAAUAACUUUGUUAAUCUUACUAAAUAUAUGCCCCCUUUAUACGGUAUUUUCAACAAACAUGUGUAACCCUAAUGCCAAAUAACAGUAUAUUAGGCUCAGAACUGAUUUAUGUUAAACUGUUGAGACAUUCGACAAAUCAUUUUUUUUUAAUUGUCAGUAUUCCUGUAGGGAAGUAACUGGGAUGUUGUUUUAAAAUCAGUGAUCUUAUUUGUUUGUCUUAUUUUAAUGUAUUUUACAUACUUAUGAUCUUUAUUUAUUAUUUCACAGUUUGUUUAAUAAAUGAUUGUCAAGAAAA